UCCGGUUAAGAAAACGCGAACCGAAAUCGUGCUGGAGAAACCAAUCUUUAAAUUAUGGUUAAGAGAUUUAAACCAGAGUCCUUUUUCUUAUAGUUACUAUAGAUUCCCCGACUUUCACAAUUAACAUCAUCGUCCCUUCGCCGCCAAAGUUUUCUUCAGAGAUCUUCGUUUCUCCGGUAACUUCUGUGGAACACACUCUGCUCUACCAUGUCAGGAAGAAAGGAAACGGUGUUGGAUUUGGCCAAGUUCGUUGACAAGGGUGUUCAAGUUAAGCUCACCGGUGGUAGACAAGUCACUGGAACUCUCAAGGGCUACGAUCAGUUGCUCAACCUUGUUCUUGAUGGGGCUCUAGAGUCUGUACGAGAUCAUGAUGAUCCUUUGAAGACCACUGACCAGACAAGACGCCUCGGUUUAAUUGUCUGCCGCGGAACUGCAGUGAUGCUAGUCUCACCAACUGAUGGAACUGAAGAAAUCGCUAACCCUUUCAAUCAACCAGAAGCUGUCUAAAGAGUUUCUCCCAAAAACAUUAUGCCCCUCUCUCUCUCUCUCUACUACUUUAACUUGGAAUUUAGAGAGUUAUGCAUCUGAGUAUCUACCAUAACGUUGGAAACAGAUGUUUUAUUAUUUAUAUACUUAUUUUGGAACAUCA